CCCGAACGACCCGGCACAGCGGCAGACCGCUCGGCUCCCCGCGCGCGAAGGAGAGUGUCGCAGUGAGUGUGUGUGAACCCGUUGUUGUGUGGACGAUACCCAGUCCUCCCUCCCCCACAAGUGCUUCAGUGACCCCCGUGCUGCUGCACGCCGCUCGCCUUUUUGGGAUCUUUACUGGAGUGCGCGCCCCCUUCGCGACCAGCAUGAGAGUCCAGGUGGCCGUGGCGCUGCUCGCGCUGCUGGCGGCGACCGAGGCGCGCCGCGUGCGCGUCCAGAGGGUGCGGCCCGCCGCCGACCUCGGCGACGAGGAGCUCGUCGACCAGGACGGCGUGCCCCAGCAGGUGCAGUACUACGCGGCGCCCGACGACCGCGCCGACACGCGCUCCGGCCGCGUCGUGCUGCUGCCGGCCGCCGACGCGCUCAACGGCCUCAGCCCCUCGGUGUACUCCGGGCGCGGCGUGACCCGCGCGCAGGCCCUGGAGGACGCGCCCGUGUACCGCGCCAGCCCCCGGGCGCUCUCCAACGCCGCGCCCGCUAUCUCCUCCCGUGCGCAGGCCAGCAAGGAGCAGCACACUAAGGCACCGCCAGUGCAGACCAUCCGCAACUACAGCAAGGUCAACGACGACGGCUCCUUCACGUUCGGCUACGAGGCCGCCGACGGCUCCUUCAAGGAGGAGACCCGCGGCACCGACUGCGUCGUGCGCGGCAAGUACGGCUACGUCGACCCGGACGGCAACAAGCGUGAGUUCACCUACGUGUCCGGCAACCCGUGCGACCCCAACGCCGUCCAGGACGAGGAGCCCCAGCCCGGCGGCCCCAAGGAGGUCGACGACUCGGGCGAGGAGAACAUCCCCGCCAACUUCCCCAGCCGCUCGCUGCGCCCCACGGCCGCGCACACCCGGCCCGCCAGGCCCACCACCACCCUGUUCCAGCAGAGCUACAACCAGCAGGAUUCAGAGGAGGACAUCGACGACGAUGACCUGCCCGCGGCACCCGUCCCGGUGCGCCAGCGCACCCGCCCCACAGCCGCGCCCACGCCGUCGCCCGCCCGGGCGCGCCUCAUCGUGACCACCCCGAGGCCCACCACGGCGCUCUACCAGAGCACCGCCACCGCUACCACCCCGCAGCCCGCCGUGCGCAUCACGCCCAGGCCCUACUCGUCCAGCACCACCGCCGAGCCGCCCGCGACCACCUACCGCCCCCUGGCCAGCCCGCAGCCCGCACAGGUGUCGGUGACUCCCCGGCCCGCCUCGCUGUACUCCGCCAAGCCGUACUCGCCCGUGGCCGCGCCCAUCCGCUCCAGCACGCCCGGCACCAUCGACUUCUCGGAAGAGCUGCGCAAGUUCCAGCUGGACAACAACGUGGUGGCCACCUCCGAGCGCCCGGGCUCUGCCGCCGGCCACAAGGGCUCCGAGCCCAUCUACUCCACGGAGCUGGUGUUCGACCCGGCCUCCGGCCAGUACAACACCGUCGUGUACCAGUCGCUGCCCAAGUCCCAGCCGCAGGACAUCAGCGCCGUGCAGCGACACCGCCUGCAGCCGUACGUCGCCCAGCAGCAGCUGCCCCAGCACUUGCCUCAGCAUCUGCAGCAGCAGCCUCAGCACCUGCAGCAGCAGCAGCCCCAGCCCGGCAACGUUUACCAGCAGCAGCUCGUACAGCAGCAACAGGCGACCCUCCUGCAACAGAGCCAGCAGCUGUUCGCGCAGCAGCAGCGCCAGCUGCAGCAGCAGCGGUCCCUGGCCCAGGCCCAGGCCAGUUACCAGGCGCCCCGCUACCAGCCUACCCAGCUGCAGCAGGUGUCUUCCACCGCCGCACCCGUCAGGCUCGCCCCCGCACCGUCGCGAUACGCCGCGCAGCCCGUGCAGUACGCGGCGGCGCCAGGCCACAGCAGCGCUCCCCAGACGCAGUUCUACUACGUGUCGCCCCAGGACGCCGGCGACCAGAGAGCAGCCCUUGCUGCGGGUCAGAUCGACGCCUUCCUCAGAGGACACAACCUGAGCUUCUAAGAAAUCAGUCGUGCCGUGCGAGGCCUGGCCUCAGACCAACACGCUGCACUUUUUUUGUUGUUACCGUUUUGAAAGUCAGCAUUUUCAUUGGAUGCGUCGCCAUGUGUAUUGUUUAGUUAGAGAUAUUGCUCCAUUGUGCCACAGUAAAACCUGCUUACAACAGCCAAAGACAAAGAGGUCGCGCAAGAACGAGAGCAUCCCCAAAUUUUGCCGCGCGCAGUGUAGAUGUAUUUAUAUUAUUGACAACUCUUACCGGAAUAACACUCCGAACACCACAUCUUGCCUGAUAUGAUAUAGACGGUACAUACCUACUUGAUGUUAAGUCACAAGUGUGACUUGAAGGCGAGUCUUGGAAGCACGGGGAGUAACAGAAUGACUGAAAGGAGUUGACUUAAGUUAAAACGACUCCUUAAUUACAUAUACAAAGGCAGAUCAUUUAAAGAUCUUCCAUUUUCUCACUUAGUUACCUCAUUAGUAUGAAAUCUAGGAGCAGUUCUGGGCUCACCAACGGGUGCAUGUUCGAAACGAAAUAUUAUUGACCUUGUUUUAGUUGGAGAGAGAUGUACAUAACGGAGAUCUGCAGAAUUUACUUUGUAAGUUAAGAAGGUCAAAGCACUCUCUUAAAUCAAAAUUUGAGUUUUUCUAAAAUAAAUCUUCUUGUUUGUGAAUAUCAAAAUUGAGGUUUAUACCAGAGAACAGUGAUGAAUGAGUGAGUGUGUGCGUGAGUGAAUGCGUGAGUGAAAUAUUGUGAGAUUUAAUAAAUCUGUGAGUACUGUAAACUGUGUCGUGUUGCAAAUUAGCAAUCUUGUUUACUGUGUCGAUUAAAUUAAGUUAGUUAAGACUUGAAAUAAAGCCAUUAUUUACAAAA